UCGUCCACCGCGGAGAUGGACUUCCUCAGCGAAUCCGACUUCGACGCGAUGCGAGAGGCGAUGACGCUGUACGACGAGCAGCGGGACACGGUCAUCAAGCGCAGCCGCGACAUCACGAAAGCCGCGAAGGUGGCCAUCUACUGCCUCCACCGCGGAGAGAUGGACAAAGCUCGCGCGCAGAUCGAACUCUCCGCGUCCAUCGCGGACGAGCUCCGCCCGAUCGUGGACGCGAACGCCGGUCUCCGCGGCGGGUCCUACAGCGGCGGCCUGGAGGAGUACGCGGAGGCGGUCGUGUUCGAGCACUUCCUCCCGCGGUGCGACCGCGACGAAUACCUCGGCGGCAUCCUCGACUUCACCGGCGAGCUGAACCGGUAUUGCAUCUCGAAGGCGACCGUCAGGGACGUCGCGGAAGUGCGCAAGUGCCGCGACGUCGUCGACGCGCUCAUGGGGAUAUUCCUCAAGUUUGACUUCCGGAACGGCGCGCUUCGCAAAAAGUACGACGCGUUGAAAUACACGCUGAAGAAGAUGGAAAACACUUUGUACGAGCUGUCCCUGA